UAGGACGCGGCGCUGCGCAGAGGUGGAUCUAGGAGAUUUGAGUCGCCCCUUCAUUUGGUUCCUUUUUGUAUUUUGUUCUUGUCCUUGACACAUGUAUUAUUGCUCUUCUGUCGGACUAUCUCACUUCGGGCAAAUCGAUAAUUGAAAAUAAUAAUACAAAUCAAAUCAAAUCCGAAUACCGAAAUGGCUCUUGGUCUCUUCGUGAAGAUGCAGAAGAUGCUCCGGUCUCCCCCGCGGCGGGUCGCGCAGUAGGAGAAGCUCUCUGAGGAACUGAGGACAAGUUGUGAUUUGUGGACGUGAAGGAGCUGCUAUCCCGUCGUACAGAGGAUCUCUAGAAGAACAACUUCCUAUCUGGAACCCUCCAGUGAAGACAACUUCCUGUCUGGAACCCACCAGUGAAGACAACUUCCAGUCUGGACCUCAUCUCUAGAAGGCCACCUUGUUUCUGGAGCCCCUCCAGUGAAGAUAACGUCUGGAGACCCCUGUAGUAAGUUCCCUCGGAAUCCUCCGACCUCUGCUUCCACCACCACCUCCCCAUCGGUGCCACCCCUACCACCACGCCAACGGCCAUGGCUCGGAGCUCCUCUGGACGGACAGCUCCAGUCCUACAGCCCUCUCCCUGGAGCCAGUGAGCACAGCGCACAGAGAAGGAACAGAAUAGAGGAGCUCAAAGGCCAGAGGAGCUGGGAGCCCGUCCCUCUGGCAGCCAGCAGGGGGCGCGCCCGGCCAGAAGCCACACUGGGACUAUGCAGCUGGGGCCGGUGGCGCUGGCACUGGUGAUGCUCAGCUCCAUGAGCACCAGCCUCCCGGAGGAGGGGCUCGCCCAGCCAGCGCUGCCCAGGGCCCGGAGGCACCGACGGGUCAGCGCCGAGGGUCUGGCGGUGUGCCCCAAGGGCUGCGAGCGCUGCUCCGAGUACAACGGCUGUGUCAAGUGCAAGCCCAAACUCUUCAUCUUCCUGGAGCGCAACGACAUCCGUCAGAUGGGGGUGUGCCUGGCCUCGUGUCCCGUGGGGUACUUCGGCAUGAGGAACCCCGAAACCAACCGCUGCACGCAGUGUAAAAUAGAAAACUGCGAGGCCUGUUUCAACCGCAACUUCUGCACCAAGUGUAAGGACGGCUUCUACUCCCACCGGGGGAGGUGUCAUGGGACCUGUCCCCCCGGCCUCACCAACACCAACGGCACCAUGGAAUGCAUCGGCCAGCCGGUGGUGGAGUGUGAGCUGGCCGGGUGGAGCGCGUGGGGCUCCUGUAUGAAGAAGAACAAGACGUGUGGCUUCAAGAAGGGCUCCGAGGCCCGUGUGAGGCUGCCCCUCCGGUCCGGCCCCCCGGUGGACGGGCCCCUGGGCCCCCCGGUGGACGGGACCCCCCCGGGCCCCGGGGCUCCCCCGGCUCCGCUGGCCCCCCCGCCCUGCGAGCCCCAGACAGAGAGGAGGAAGUGUGUGGUGAUGAAGACGCCGUGCACCAGAGUCAGCGCCGAGGGUCUGGCGGUGUGCCCCAAGGGCUGCGAGCGCUGCUCCGAGUACAACGGCUGUGUCAAGUGCAAGCCCAAACUCUUCAUCUUCCUGGAGCGCAACGACAUCCGUCAGAUGGGGGUGUGCCUGGCCUCGUGUCCCGUGGGGUACUUCGGCAUGAGGAACCCCGAAACCAACCGCUGCACGCAGUGUAAAAUAGAAAACUGCGAGGCCUGUUUCAACCGCAACUUCUGCACCAAGUGUAAGGACGGCUUCUACUCCCACCGGGGGAGGUGUCAUGGGACCUGUCCCCCCGGCCUCACCAACACCAACGGCACCAUGGAAUGCAUCGGCCAGCCGGUGGUGGAGUGUGAGCUGGCCGGGUGGAGCGCGUGGGGCUCCUGUAUGAAGAAGAACAAGACGUGUGGCUUCAAGAAGGGCUCCGAGGCCCGUGUGAGGCUGCCCCUCCGGUCCGGCCCCCCGGUGGACGGGCCCCUGGGCCCCUCGGUGGACGGGACCCCCCCGGGCCCCGGGGCUCCCCCGGCUCCGCUGGCCCCCCCGCCCUGCGAGCCCCAGACAGAGAGGAGGAAGUGUGUGGUGAUGAAGACGCCGUGCACCAGAGCCAGAGGCACCACGCGGGUUGAUUGGGUUUGGCUUGGCUCCCCCACCGCCACGGACACCAGAGUUCCUGACUUCCCAGCAUGUAAACAGUGCAGGGCGUCUGUGAGCCAGAGCGAUGACGGCUCCGUCUCUGCGCAGCGGAGCUGGCCCGGGAUCACAGCCGGAUCAGGGCUGUUAGUCUCGGUGCUCGCUGAGGCGUGA